ACCGGCCAUCUCUAGUAAACAUGCGGGUUAUCAAGUUCGUGUCACCAGCCAACACCCGUCGUCGUCAGCUCAAUGACAGGCAUCUUCGACCUUGUCUUCCUCAUCAGAUAUGUCAGCGCUCGUGUAUGAGAAUAUCGGCAUGUCAGGCAGAGGGGAGGGUUAUGCUUACCUGCUGCAUCCGCUGUUAUAGCAUGAUACGCAGAAGGGAGCAGCAGAGGGAAAAUAUGCGGCGUGGAUUGGGAGUAUCAUUUCGGAUGGUGCCCACAGCUGAUGUCUUCCGCCACGCAUCUUUUCCCGUGUCCAUUUCAUAAAGUGGACUCAACAGUCCAUCCGUCCGGCUUACGAAGGCAGUCGCAGGAUGGCCCAACUGCAAAGCGAUACGCUGAUCGCCAACACUGUUCGAUUUCUUGUGUUCCGAAUUCUUGUUAUAGGAAAGACUGGCGUUGACCAGUCAUCACUGAUCAACCACGUAUUUGGAGCGGACGAAACGGCGGAAAACACGAUCAUUGCGCGCGAUAAGCCAGGCGAAGCCAGCAUCGACCAUGAGUUCAUCUCACCGCAGAACGACAGAUUCAUUGACCAUCGGAGGGACAUGUCUCCACAACAUCAGUUGCAUGCUGUUUGGCUUUGUUUUCAAAUACCCCGUGCAAGUGCACAUUUGCUAGAGACGGGAGCAGAGGAAUUCCUCACAUUGAAACGUGAUGGAACGCUGGGAAACACGACAAAUUCAUACAAGAACUCGCAAAGAACAAAGCAGAAGCCGAGGUACUCUAGUGUGUACCAAUACCCUGACGGGUUCAUGCGUGCCUCUGAAAUGGAGACCCUUGCCCACCUGAUCCAGAUAACUGAAAACUGCGUCGGUCAGCAUUCUACGCCCGAGGCUGUGAUGAUGACCUCCAUCGCUCGGCGAGUACAUCCUAUACUCAAAAUAAAAGCAUUAAUUAAGGCUGGUAAGAAAAGAUAUCGUCAAGCGCUUGUGUCAUGCCCAACGUUCAAGAACCGCAAGAUCCAAGUGUUCAGCGCAAUGAUGAUGAACAUGGUCGAUAAGAUAGACGUUGGACCGACAGCUGAUCCCACCAAGACCGCGUAA